CAUGAUUAGUUAAGGUAACCGUAGAUGAUUGGUCCAAGCUCCCCAAGCAUAGCUACAGCAGUAGGCAAGGCACAAGGCAGAACCGUGACGACUGCCGCAAGGAGCUGAGCUAACAAUACCAUCCGCUACCAGCACCAGUGCCAUUUCAUACCAUAUUACAUACACGGCCCAAGCCUGAGUAGGUAGACAAGCUACAUACGCCCGCGUCUCCGUCGACGUCGCACCCUCAGCCUUCCCUCCAAUUCCCCCCGUCGCCUUCAAACCACUUGACUUCCCACCCCAAACAUCGACACAUCCUUGGCUCAUUCAGCAAUCGACUCUCUCCCAAGCACGAAACUCAGCACCAGCUUCGCUUGCCUAAUAUCACAGCAAGCGCCAAGAUGGAUCACCGACCGCAACAAUGGGGCCGUCCCAGAGAUGAUGUCUAUGGUUCCUACGAUGCCUCAUACAUGCGACCCAACGGUCCGACCACACAUACCCAGUCUCCCGUCGUUACCGGAACAUCAGUAGUAGCACUCAAGUUCAAGGACGGCGUGGUCAUCGCCGCCGACAACCUAGCCUCCUACGGCUCGCUAGCUCGUUUCCCCGAUGUCAAGCGCCUGCGCACCUUCGCCUCCAGCACCGUUGUCGGCUUUGGCGGCGAUGUUUCUGACAUGCAAUACCUCGAUCGCCACCUGACCGAGCUCGCCAUCGACGAGAACUACAAACAGGACGCCGCCCACACCUUGAACGCUCGAAACCUGCACAAGUACCUCGCCAAGCUGCUCUACCACCGCCGCUCCAAGUUCGACCCCCUCUGGAACAACCUGCUGGUCGCCGGCCUCGACGAGGACGACAAGCCAUUCCUCGCCGCCGCCGAUCUGCUCGGCACCACCUACACGAGUCCCAGUCUGGCCACGGGCUAUGGUGAGAUGCUGGGUCAGCCCAUCAUGCGCAAGUACGCACCAGAUGAGGAGAGCGCCGCCAAGUUGACCAAGGAGGAGGCUAUCAACAUCGUCAAGGAGGUUAUGAAGGUUCUCUUCUACAGGGAUGCCCGCUCCUUGGACAAAUAUUCCAUGGCGGUUGUCACCAAAGAGGGUGUCGACCUGAAGGAGGACCUCAAGCUGGAGAACCAGAGCUGGGCAUUUGCCGACAGGAUCAAGGGAUACGGCACGCAAACUGUCUAAAGAGCCUGGGCAUGUCGUCGGUUAGCCCGGAUUAACCGCCCUGUGUUGUAUGCCAGUGCACAUCGAGCUCAUAGACUGCGGAUGGCAUCACAUCAGCGUGGCUUGUACUAUUAGAGCGACUGAAACACAGCGAAUUUGCGCGAUACAACAUAUACCCUCGGUCGUGAGCGUAGUUUCUAGCGAGCGGCGAAAGGUCACCAGGCUUCAUCUAUCUCACAAUAACAUCCUCUCCAAAGGGAGAAAUAGCAUCAAGGCUACUUUAGACUA